AUGUACGGCCAGGACGUGACGAGGUUCAACGAAUCGCUCGUGCAGCAGCUUCCAGAGCUCUGUGCAGAGUUCUUCAAGGGCAACGGGUCCAACAAGCAUGUCCAUGUUGGCCCCGACAGUGACAUGUUCAAAUGGUACAUCAUACUGUCUGUGGUGCUCGUUCUCCUUGGCGGCAUCUUCUCUGGCCUGACUCUCGGUCUCAUGGGUCUCGACACGAUCAACCUUCAAGUUCUCAGCCAGGCUGGCACCGAGGCGGAGCGCGAACAGGCACCCCGCGUCCUCGCCCUCCUCCAGUCGGGCCGUCACACGAUGCUCGUUGUUCUCCUUCUCUGUAACACGCUUGUCAACACGUCACUCCCGGUCUUCCUCGACAACAUUAUUGGCGGCGGUGUCAUUGCCGUCCUUGGCGCAACAGCUCUAGAGCUUAUUUUCGGAGAAGUUAUCCCACAGGCCAUUUGCAACAAAUAUGGUCUCGCUAUCGGUGCGACGUUUGCGCCACUCGUACGCGCGCUUAUCAUCCUGCUGUACCCCAUCGCAAAGCCCAUUGCCAUGCUCCUCGACUACCUCUUUGGUGCGCAUGAUGAGAGUGUCAUGUACCGCAAGGCCGAGCUCAAGGCGUUUGUCGCGCUUGGCGUCGAGGACAAGCUGGCCGACGACGAGCUCAACCUCCUUGGCAGCGUGCUCGAGUUCUCGAACAAGACGGUCGCCUCUGUUAUGGUUCCCCUCGCCGACGUCUACCAACUCCCUGGUGACCGUGUUGCCGACGACGACCUGAUUGUCGAAGUCUUGCGCAAAGGUCACACGCGUAUCCCAGUUCACGAUCCCAAGAUCCCUGGUGCCUUCCUCGGAGUCAUGCUCACGCGUGCCCUCAUCGGCUACGACGCUGCUGAGGAGAGGCCGGUCUCCCAGCUUAUCACGCAGCCGCUUCCUCAGUGCCCGACUGAUCUUUCCCUCGUCGAAGCCAUGAACUAUUUCCAAACUGGCCGCAGCCAUAUCCUGCUCGUAUCGACCUCGCCUGGUCGCCAGGAAGGCGCGGUGGGCAUUGUGACGCUUGAGGAUGUGGUGGAGGAAUUAAUCGGUAAAGAAAUCAUUGAUGAGACCGACCAGUUUGUGGACAUUCAUAGCCGGAUUCCUGUUGUCCGCCCCCGCCACCACGCCGAGCACACGGUUGGCCUGCGCCGGAUCUUCGAGGGCCGCGUGGCAAGACGACGUGCCGCGCUUCUGAACGGCGCAAGCGCUCCAGCUCCAUCGUCUACCCCCGCGCAGGUGGGGUCUCCGGCUGUGAGGUCGUUGAUUGAUUAUCCGAGCAACGUCUGA